AUAACGGGAGGUGGGGGAAAUUAACCAAUAGAAAACGACAACCGAGAAGCAGUAGAAGAAGAAGAAGCGGAAACCGGAAGUGUUGAGGCGGAAAGCGGGUGAGAGCCGCAGUGACGCAGCAGAGUUUUGCAAAGAAAAACACACAACAGAAGUUAACAGAGAGACGCACAGCUUUGAGCCGCUAUGACGGAGGACGAGCAUCUCUCGGCCGAGGACUACGCCGCCGAGGCCAUGGCCGCCGACAUGGACCCCUGGAUCGUCUUCGACGCCCGCAAGACGCCCCGCACCGAGUUCAGCGGCUGGCUGGAGUCCAACCGGCCCUCGCAGGUCAGCCGGCAGGGGCCCGGGGGCCCGGUGGGCUGGAUCUCGGUGUGCGGGCCGCAGCACUGGAACGACACCGGAGACGUGGAGGGGCUGCAGGACAGCUGGGAGACGCUGCUGGAGAGCGGGCGCAGCGUCAGCUUCCACCCCAUCAGAGAGCUGGCGCUCAAUCACAGCGUGCUGAACGGCAAGUGGCUGAUGCACCUGGACACGGGCUUCAAGGUGGACCACGCCUGGGAGAGCAUCGCCAGAGCCGUGCUGGACGGCAGGAUCAACUCGGCCAAAGUGAGUACUCGAGACCCGUGCUCCGACGCCAGGCACGUCAUCUGCGUCUACAACCAGAACUUCACCGACGAGGAGCAGGUGAUGCGCCUGGACGCCGCCAUCCGCGCCGCCGGCGUCAAGUGCGUGCUGAACUACAAACCCAACGUCUACACGUACCUCGGCAUCUACCGCAACAACCGCUGGAAGAUCUGCCCCACCAUCUACGAGAGCGUGUUCGACCUGGAGAGCGUCCCGCGCCGCUCGCACGUCGUCAACAAGGUCACCAACCAGGAGGUGACGUGAAGCUCUCGGAGGAGAGGGCGCUGGUGUGUGGCGACGACUGCGUGUGAAGACGAGACGAAAUGUUGAAGGGCUUUGAGAUUUUUGAGUUUUUCCUUUUAAAGGGUCUUUUUUAUAUUCGACAAGGCUGGUUUUGUUCAUUGGUUCGUUUUGCCAAAUAAAUCCGGAGCGUUUCAAACGGUGUUUCUCUGUGAGAUGAACAUAACAACACAAAGCCAGAGAUCUGCAGCGCUCGCCGAGAUGAAAACUCAGAAUAAUGAGAGAUUUAAACUAAAUUACAGGAGAAAACCUGUUCCAUGACGGUGUCUGAACAAACUCAGGGUUACAGGAUCAGUUCUGAGUUGACCAAACCAGUCCGAUUUCUGUCGACUCAGGCUUGAUCCCGAGGUAAUGACAUCAGUAAUGAGCAGCCAAUCACAAGCCUCGAAACUGUGAUUCGCUUCUGGUGCGAAGAUUAAAAGAUUGAACGAUAUGAAGGAUUUAAACACAUUUACACAACACGAUCAUGACAGAGGAAAACACCUUACCAUUUGUGACCCUGGACCACAAAAACAGCCAAGUGUCUAUAUUUUUUUUAAAAAUUGAGAUUUAUGCAUCAUAUAAAAGCUGAAUAAAUAAGCUUUCCAUUGA